AUGUCCACUUACGAUCACUCCAAAGUCGCCCACUUCAUAGGCGGUAAUUCCCUCGAAAACGCCCCGUCCGGCGCAGUCACCGACUUCGUCAAGCAGCACGGCGGGCAUACAGUCAUUACGAAGGUCCUCAUUGCCAACAACGGUAUCGCCGCCGUCAAGGAGAUUCGUUCAAUUAGGCAAUGGAGUUACGAGACAUUCGGUACGGAGCGCGCCGUUGAGUUUACUGUCAUGGCUACUCCGGAAGAUCUGAAGGUCAACGCGGAGUACAUUCGCAUGGCCGACCGGUAUGUCGAAGUGCCGGGAGGCUCCAACAACAACAACUACGCGAAUGUGGACCUCAUCGUUGACGUCGCGGAGCGUGCCGGCGUCCACGCCGUCUGGGCCGGCUGGGGCCACGCGUCGGAGAAUCCAAAGCUUCCUGAAACUCUUACAGCCAACAAAAUUGUGUUCAUCGGUCCUCCUGGCAGCGCGAUGCGGAGUCUAGGCGACAAAAUCUCCAGCACUAUCGUGGCGCAGAGCGCACAGGUACCCACUAUGGCCUGGUCUGGCACUGGCAUCACGAAGACGCAGCUCUCCGACGCAGGGUUCGUGACUGUCGCCGACGACGUGUACCGUGCGGCAUGCGUGACGACUUGGGAGGAAGGUCUUGCGCGCGCGGAAGAGAUCGGCUUCCCGGUUAUGAUCAAGGCUUCUGAGGGCGGCGGAGGGAAGGGUAUCAGGAAGGUUGAAGCCGUGGAGACGUUCAAGAACGCGUACCAUGCGGUGGAGGGCGAGAUUCCAGGAUCUCCAAUCUUUAUCAUGAAGCUUGCUGGGCAGGCUCGUCAUCUGGAGGUUCAGCUCCUUGCUGACCAGUAUGGCAAUGCUAUCUCCCUGUUCGGUCGUGACUGCUCGGUUCAGCGCCGCCACCAGAAGAUCAUCGAGGAGGCCCCGGUCACCAUUGCAGGUCCCGAGACUUUUGAGAAGAUGGAACGCGCUGCGGUUAGGUUGGCGAAGUUGGUCGGUUAUGUUAGCGCUGGAACUGUGGAGUACCUUUACAGUCACGCAGAAGAUGUUUUCUACUUCUUGGAACUCAACCCUCGUCUCCAAGUCGAGCACCCGACGACUGAGAUGGUGUCUGGCGUCAACCUUCCUGCUGCCCAGUUACAGAUCGCUAUGGGUAUCCCGCUCCACCGCAUUCGCCAUAUCCGUCAGCUGUACGGCGUCGCUCACAGCGGUUCCUCUGAGAUUGACUUCGACAUGAUCGACCCGGAGGCAAGCAGCCUUCAGCGCAGGCCUCGCCCCAAGGGUCACGUCAUCGCUGUCCGCAUCACGGCCGAGAACCCUGACGCUGGCUUCAAGCCCUCUUCUGGUUCGCUGCAAGAGCUCAACUUCCGUUCGAACACCAACGUUUGGGGCUACUUUUCCGUCAACAGCGCCGGUGGUCUCCACGAGUUCGCCGAUUCUCAGUUCGGUCACAUCUUCGCGUAUGGUGAAGAUCGUGCCGAGUCGAGGAAGAACAUGGUCGUCGCCCUGAAGGAACUCAGCAUCCGUGGUGACUUCCGUACCACAGUCGAGUACCUCAUCAAGCUCCUGCAGCUCCGAGCGUUCGAGGAGAACACGAUCACCACAGGCUGGCUCGACUCGCUCAUCAGUGACAAGCUCACCGCGGAACGCCCUGACACUACUCUGGCCGUGAUCUGCGGAGCAGUUACGAAGGCCUGGAUGACUUCGGAAGAUUGUUGGACCGAGUACAAGCGCAUCCUCGACAAGGGUCAAGUCCCCUCUCGUGACGUCCUCAAGACUGUCUUCGGGAUCGAUUUCAUCUACGACAACGUCCGGUACUCCUUCACAGCCACGCGCUCUUCGCUUACUCUCUGGACGCUGUACUUGAACGGCGGUCGGACGAUGGUCGGGGCGCGAGGCUUGGCUGAUGGCGGCCUACUGGUUCUGCUUGACGGCAAGAGCCACUCUGUCUACUGGAGAGAGGAAGUCGGAGCGUUGCGUUUGAUGGUCGACUCGAAGACGUGCUUGAUCGAGCAGGAGAACGAUCCAACCCAACUGCGGAGUCCUAGUCCUGGAAAGCUUGUGCGCUUUCUUGUGGAGAGCGGCGACCACAUCAACGCCGGCGAGCAGUACGCCGAGAUCGAGGUCAUGAAGAUGUACAUGCCUCUGGUCGCUUCGGAGGACGGCAUCGUCCAGUUUGUCAAGCAGCCGGGUGUCAGCCUUGAACCGGGCGACAUUCUGGGUAUCCUCACCCUCGACGACCCUGCCCGCGUGAAGCAUGCGAAGCCUUUCGAAGGUCUCCUCCCUUCCUUGGGCGUGCCGAGCGUUGUCGGGAACAAGCCCCACCAGCGGAUGCAGUUCGACUUGGACGUCCUCAAUAACAUCCUCGACGGCUAUGACAACCAGGCUGUUAUGACCUCGACCCUCAAGGAUCUCCUCGAAGUUCUCCACAACCCCGAGCUGCCCUUCUCCGAGACCUCGGCCAUCUUGGCCUCGCUCUCUGGCCGCAUGCCGGCGAAGCUAGAGGACGGCGUCCGUGCGGCCAUUGACCUAGCCAAGAGCAAGGGUGACGCCGCGGAGUUCCCUGCGAAUCGUCUCAACAAGCUCGUCAUUCACUACAUGGAAGACAACAUCCGCCCUCAAGAUCGCACCAUGUUCCGCUCUCAGCUGGCGACGCUCAUCUCCGCGAUUGAACGGUACCAAGGCGGACUGAAGGCCCACGAGACCGACGUCAUCGCGAGUCUGCUAUCUCGCUACGAGGAGACCGAGAAGCUCUUCGGCGGUAGCAUCGAAGCGCGCGUUCUGGCUCUCCGCGAGCAGCACAAGGACAAGCUCGAUCAAGUCGCGUCGCUCGUUCUCAGUCACAUCAUGGCUCAACGAAAGGGUCGUCUCAUUAUAGCCAUCCUGGAGCAUGUCAAGAGCAGCGGUCUGACGGUGACCGACCCCAAUUCGCGUCUCUAUCAAAUUCUACAGGGUCUCGCCGCGCUCGAGGCUAGAUCUUCCACUCAGGUGUCUCUCAAGGCACGCGAGGUGCUCAUCUCAUGCCAGAUGCCGUCGUACGAAGAGCGACGUUCGCAGAUGGAGGCGAUCCUCAAGGCGUCGACCACCAAUAGCUACUAUGGUGAAGCUGGCUCUUCUGCAAGGGCGCUCUCUAUGGAAGUCCUCAGGGAACUCAUCGACUCACGCUACACUGUCUACGACGUGCUUCCCACGUUCUGGAACCAGUCGGAUCCCGAGAUCAUCCAUGCUGCACUGGAGGUCUACGUUCGUCGCGCGUACAAGGCGUACACGCUUCUCUCGGUUGACUACGAGGAAGGCGAUGGCGUGCACAAUGGGGAGUCUCCCGACAUUGUGACGUGGCGCUUCAACCUUGGCCAGUCGAACUCCCCACCUUCGACACCUCGUCUUGGGCGAGAUGAACCCCCUCGUAGACAAGCGUCUGUUAGUGACCUCACCUACCUGAUCAACACGCAUCAAAAGCAGCCGCUUCGUACUGGCGCGAUCGCAUCGUUCAUGAACCUCGAGGCUCUCAAGAGUGGCUUCGAUAAGGUAGCUGCGACGUUGCCUGUUUUCGACCCCCUGGAGUACCAGCAGCGCUACGGCGUCAACAACCAGCCCCCCAACGUCCUGAACCUGGCCCUGCGUAUCUUCAACGAGGCCGAUGACUUCUCCGAGGACGUCUGGUAUGAGAAGGUCUUGGAGCUCGUCAACAGCCGUCGUGAAGUCCUCACUCGUCGUGGCGUCCGUCGUAUCUCCAUCCUCAUAUGCCGGCCCGGCCAGUACCCCAUCUACUACACUCUCCGCGAGAUGGGUGGCAGCUGGAAUGAAGAGCAAGCUAUCCGUCAUAUCGAGCCCGCCCUCGCCUUCCAGCUCGAGCUCAGCCGCUUGUCGCACUAUAGGCUCACUCCUUGCUUCACUGACAACAAGCAGCUCCACAUCUACCACGCCGUCGCUCGCGAGAACCAGCUGGACAAUCGCUUCUUCAUCCGUGCCCUCGUUCGUCCUGGUCGCAUCCGUGGUAGCAUGAACACCGCCAGGUACCUCGUCACAGAGACGGACCGCCUCUUCACUACUGUUCUCGACGCGCUCGAAGUCGUCUCGGUCGAGCACCGCACCGCAGACUGCAAUCACAUCUUCAUGAACUUCAUCUACAACCUCCCCGUCACCUAUGAAGAUGUCCUCGAGGCUAUCUCCGGAUUCAUUGAGCGUCAUGGCAAGAGACUCUGGCGCCUUCACGUCACUGGUUCGGAGAUCCGCGUCGUUCUCGAAGACCAGGACGGAAACGUCACUCCGAUCCGCUGCAUCAUCGAGAACGUCUCUGGGUUCAUCGUCAACUUCCAUGGCUACCAGGAAAUCACCACCGACAAGGGCACUACCAUUCUGAAGUCCAUCGGCGAACGUGGCCCCCUCCACCUCCAGCCUGUCCACCAGUCCUACCCCACGAAGGAGUCUCUCCAGCCCAAGCGUUAUCAGGCUCACAACAUCGGCACCACUUACGUCUAUGACUUCCCGGAGCUCUUCUCGAAGGCGCUCAGCAACGUGUGGACCAAGGCCCAUGUCAUCAACUCCCAGUUGACGCCCCCGAAGCAAAUCUUCGAGUCGAAGGAGCUUGUUCUCGACGAGCACGACCAGCUCCAGGAGGUUAACCGUAUGCCUGGGAACAACACUGUCGGCAUGGUCGGAUGGGUCUUCACGCUCAGGACACCGGAAUGCCCUGACGGUCGUCGCACCGUGGUCAUCGCGAACGAUAUCACGUACAAGAUCGGCUCCUUCGGUCCCGCUGAAGACCAGUUCUUCUAUCUCGCCUCUCAGUACGCCCGCGAGCAGGGUCUUCCACGCAUCUACCUCUCUGCCAACUCCGGUGCACGCAUCGGUCUCGCUGAGGAAGUCAUGAACCUGUUCUCUGUCGCGUGGAAUGAUCCGGAACGCCCCGAGAAGGGCUUCGAGUAUCUCUACCUCACUCACGAAAACUUCCUCAAGGUUCAGGAGAAGGCGUCUGCUGCCAUCCGCACCACCGAGGUCGAGCAGGAUGGCGAACUCCGCCACAAGAUCACCGACAUCAUCGGCCUUCAAGACGGCCUUGGGGUCGAGUGUUUGAAGGGGUCUGGUCUCAUCGCUGGCGAGACGUCUCGUGCCUACGACGACAUCUUCACGAUCACCCUCGUCACCGCUCGCUCCGUCGGUAUUGGCGCCUACCUCGUGCGCCUUGGCGAGCGUGCCGUCCAGGUCGAGGGCCAGCCGAUCAUCCUCACGGGUGCUCCGGCGCUCAACAAGGUCCUCGGCCGUGAAGUCUACGCGUCCAACCUCCAGCUCGGCGGUACUCAGAUCAUGCACAAGAACGGUGUCUCUCAUCUCACCGCUGGCAGUGAUCUCGAGGGUGCAACUCACAUCCUUGAGUGGCUGUCGUACAUCCCCGAGUACAAAGGAGCCCCGCUUCCGACCCUCAACCUCGAUGAUACAUGGGACCGCGACAUUGGUUACGUUCCCCCCAAGGGUCCGUACGACCCGCGCUGGUUCAUCGAGGGGAAGAAGGACGAGCCCACCAACGACUGGCUUCCUGGCUUCUUCGACCGCGGCUCCUUCCAGGAGACCCUCAGCGGCUGGGCGCAGACUGUCGUUGUGGGCCGCGCUCGCCUCGGUGGUAUCCCCAUGGGAGUCAUAGCCGUCGAGACCCGCACUAUCGAACGCAUCGUCCCCGCCGAUCCCGCGAACCCCUCGUCCUUCGAGCAGCGUAUCAUGGAGGCUGGUCAAGUGUGGUACCCCAACUCGGCUUACAAGACUGCCCAGGCGAUCUUCGACUUCAACCGCGAGGGCCUUCCGCUCAUCAUCUUCGCCAACUGGCGCGGUUUCUCCGGCGGUCAACAGGACAUGUACGACGAGAUUCUCAAGCAGGGUUCCAAGAUUGUGGACGGCCUUUCGAGCUACAAGCAGCCUGUCUUUGUCUACAUCGUUCCUCAAGGCGAGCUUCGUGGUGGUGCGUGGGUCGUGCUCGACCCUUCGAUCAACUCGGAGCAGAUGGAGAUGUACGCCGACAUGGAAGCGCGCGCCGGCGUUCUUGAGCCUGAGGGUAUCGUCGAAAUCAAGAUGCGCCGCGACAAGAUCUUGAAGCUCAUGGAGCGCCUCGACUCGACGUACGCCAGCCUCAAGAAGGACAGCAUCGACCCUUCGAAGACCGCCGAGGAACGUUCUGCGGCUGCCGACGCCCUCGCCAGGAGGGAGCAGCUCCUCCAGCCGAACUACAAGCAGAUCGCGCUGCUCUACGCGGACCUUCACGACCGGACGGGUCGCAUGGAGGCCAAGGGCUGCGCCAAGCCCAUGAACUGGAAAGACGCGCGCCGUCGCUUCUACUGGGCGGUGCGAGCCAAGGUCGCUCGCUCUGCGGCCAUGGCCCAGCUGGUGGAGGCCAGCCCGGAGUCCACCUUCGAAUACCGCUCCCACCUGCUCGAGACGAUCGCCGGCAUCGAGAACGAGACCGAGACGCGCCCCAUCGCGGAGGCGCUGGAGAAGCUCGACUUGACCAACACCCUGACACAGCUCAAGGCCGACCACCUCGCUCGUCGCUUGAUGGAGCUCGCCAGCGAGGACAAGAAGGCGACCAUCAACAGCCUCGCGCGCCUCAUCGACGGCCUUGGAGACGACGAGAGGCUUGCCCUCAUUGCUGCCCUGCAGAACAACCGCUCCCCUGGUCCUCCCUCUUACGCCUCUCCUUGA